AUGGCUUCACGGACUUUCUCCGCUGUUUUCGUCGCUCUCUGUGCUUUCCAGGACAUCAAUUCCGUGACGGGCAACGCCAAUGACUGCGACACAGACUGUGCCACAACUUACCCUGGGUCAUAUUGUAAGUAUUGGAAGACGCCGAGCACCUGCUUCGGCUCGGUUGCCCCGUGCUUCUGCGGCACGAGUGGACCGACUGAGGCUCUCCGAGGUUCCACGUCCUCUGCUGCAGUCACGGAUGAGGUCACUGAGGCCGCUACAAGCGAAGAAGGUACGACAGCAGCUCCCGAAGCAACGAGUACGACUGGUUCUGAAGCUACUGUCGAUGCCACAGUGGCGGCCAGUACAGCUGCUAUGACCGAUGAGGUGGCUGUCACUUCUGCACCUCCUGUGACUGGCGAAGUGAUCAUCAGCACGGCAGCUGGGGAAGCUCCCGGUAGAGACAAGGAUGACUCUGUUGCUACCACCAAGGUCCCUACGGAGGCUGCAACUGUCACGACUACGAUCGGUGCUCCUGUUGAGCUUACUACUACUAUAACGUCCCCUUUCCCGGUCAGCACAGCUGCUGUGACCGAUGAGGCCGCUGUCACUACUGCAGCUCCUGUCACUGACGAGAUGACUAUCACCACGGCAGCUGGGGAAGCUCCGGGAAGAGACAAGGAUGAUUCUGAUGCAACCACCUCGGUCGCUACCGAGACUGCGGCUGGCACUACUACGAUCGAUGCUCCUGCUGAUCCUACUACUAUCAUGACGUCCCCUCAACCGGUCAGUACGCCCGCUGUGACCGACGAGGUGGCUGUCACUACUGCACCUCCUGUGACUGGCGAAGUGACCAUCAGCACGGCACCUGGGGAGGCUCCCGGUAGAGACAAGGAUGACUCUGAUGCUACCACCCAGGUCGCUACGGAGGCUGCGACUGUCACGACUACGAUCG